AUGAACAAGCUACGAUCCUGCUGUGUUCCGUGUUGCAAGAACGAGAAGUUCUCUCUGGUACACAAAUUUCCCUCCGAUAACGAACGGGCUGAGCAAUGGCGACAGAUUCUGGCUAUCGACAGCUUUAUCGGGUUGCCGAUAGAAAUCAUCCGGAAGCGGUACUACAUCUGCUCGCGGCAUUUCCGCGAUGCCGACUACAAGAACAAAGCUUCCCGAAGUAUCAACAUAACGGCGGUGCCGUCUAUUAACCUCACCACCCUGAACGAUCCGGAGGGACUGAAUCGCGAAAUACCACCGUUGCUACGCGCGCCAAUGCCGGCCUCGUUGCCCUUCGUUGAUGAUGGGCACGAAUCGAAAAUCCCUGGCCAGGAACAAAGGAAUUUAUCCCAGUCGCACCACAUAAAACUAGAAGCGGACGAAAUGGGCAAGUCCUCUAGCAUCACCAUCGAGCUGAAUGAUUUUAUUGAGGAAUCCUUCAGUCCUUCAGGAGUACCAUUUCUAGGCUUGAACGAGGCGAAAGCGCCAUCACGUGUCGAAAAAUCGGCCACGUUUAAAAGCACUGAGAGGCGGUACCUAUCAAAACGUUCCAUCCCGUCCGGAUCGGCCGUAGCCGAGGGACAACCGAAAGCGAAAGUUUCCCCAACAGACACAAACAAUUUGCUCUCUGCAGCGAUUGCAAAACCUAUUACGGGCGCUCUCAGUACGGGUGCUGGACUCCUCACAACUGAAAAGGCUCGUUUGCUGUUGAAACGGGUCAAGGGGCCAUCGUUCAUGAUCGAGCGCAAAAAGGGCACUCUCACAAGCGCCACCACACAAACGGAUGAUGAGUUGGCCUUUGAUAACACGCCUGCUCCGUCAAAGAACGCCGAUGAAGAGGAUCGUAAGGACGAAGGGAAGGCUGCCACGAGCACCAAGGUGCUGGCAUUACUCGAGUGUACGCCGGAAAAUCUGCAGCGGUUGAAGCAGAAACUGCACGAUCAGGGUGGCUCCCUAUGCAUAGACGAGCGUCUGCUGCGGCUGGACGACGAGCAAGAUAAAGCAAUGUGCCCGGGCAAAGCGGACGAAUCGUUGGACGAGAGCCGGUUUCUCACCGUUUGCAACCCGGCGACUAAAGAAACCGCAUCAGUUAGCUACGUGUGGCUGCGCGAUCAUUGCCACUGCAGCGCCUGCUAUAAUGCGACCACGUUUCAAAGGUCCACCUCGAUCCUCGAGCUUCCGCUUGACAUUAAACCUGCGUCGUGUGACGUAAACGAAGGAGAACAGCGCAUCGACAUAAAAUGGUCUGAUGGACACCAGUCAACGUACGAUUUCGACGUGGUCUUCUCCAACCAGGUCGACACCUUCCGGUUGAGGCUCGAAUACCGUCACGCACAGCUUGUUCUGUGGGACCGGGAGGCGAUCACCGCCAGCACCGCCGGGUACGCUCGCGUAACGUUAAAUGAUUUACUCUGCGAGGACGACGUGAUGCGGCAGAUCGUCAGCAGCCUGGUGACGUACGGGUUUGCUCUCAUCACGAAGGUACCCCCAAACCAACCGAGCACCGAGAUGGCCGUAAAGCGGCUCUUCCCGGUGCAGCGGACGCUCUUCGGCGAUAUGUGGACGUUCAGCGAAAGCAAAAUGGACCACAGCGACACGGCAUACACGAACGGUUUUCUCGGACCGCACACGGACAACACGUACUUCUGCGAUGCAGCCGGUUUGCAGGUACUGCACUGCAUCCAGUUCAACGGGCAGGGUGGUGAGACGAUUCUUGUCGAUGGGUUCCGGGCGGCUGAACGGCUACGUGAAUCCGAUUCGGCGGCGUACGGGCGGCUCUGUGAGUAUCCGCUUGAGGCGGAGUACAUCGAGGAGGACAAACACCACCGGUACGUGGCACCAGUGCUCAAACGACAUCCAUUGCGACCGGAUGCGAUCGAGCAGAUACGCUUUAACCCGUACGAUCGCGCCCCGUUAAGGACACUCGCACCAACCGCAGUGCCGCAGUUUUACGCCGACUACCAACGUCUCGCCGCCGAGGUUUACCGCGAAGAGGAGCAGUGGAAAUUCCAGCUGACACCCGGAACGGUGUUGAUCUUCGACAACUGGCGAGUGCUGCAUGGGCGGAUGGCGUACAACGGGAAACGUGUUAUGACUGGAUGUUACGUCGCUCGGACGGAGUACCAGAGUGUGGCACGUACGAUGGGACUGAUCGAGUAA